CCAGGCAGCAGAGCGCCGGCCGAGCGAAAAAGGCGGCCACCGGCGAGAUCGAGAUCGAGGCGGAGGGCGGCCGGCGCACGCUGCGCAGCACGUGUGACUGGAGCGAGGCAGCCGUCAUUGGCGAACAUCUCUGGAUGCCCACCUCGGCCUCGGGCGAUUUCUGCUACGUGCCCGAGCAGGACUGUUGCAGGACUGGCUCCCGGAUGAAGUGCACCGCCUGCAAGAUCAUCUGCCACACAGGGUGCAUAGCUAACCUGAUCGACAAGGUGAAGUUCGCCUGCAAGCCCACGUUCAGGGACGUGGGGAUCCGGCAGUACCGGGACAACACGGCCACAGCUCACCACUGGGUGCAUCGCCGGAAUCAGAAGGGCAAAUGUAAACACUGUGGAAAGAGCUUUAUGUCGAAACUUUCGUUUUCUACCAAAGAAAUUGUAGCAAUAAGUUGUUCGUGGUGCCGGACUGCCUACCACAACAAGGAGCCCUGCUUCAACAUCCAGCGAUUAGAGGAACAAUGUAGUCUAGGCAUUCACGAGGACAUCAUUGUGCCGCCGUCAUGGAUCGUCAAGCUGCCCCGCAGAGGAAGCUUCAAGUCCAGCCUCCGCAAGUCGCCCAAGAAGAGGUCCUCUAGUCGUCGGAAAAGCCGGGAAUGGAUCGAUAAGGACCAGACGCGGGCGUUCGCCAUCAAGCCCAUUCCGACGGCCAACGUGCACCCUGUCAUCGUGUUCCUCAACCCCAAGAGUGGCGGUAACCAGGGCGCCAAGCUGAUGCAGAAGUUCCAGUGGCUGCUCAACCCUCGUCAAGUGUUCGACCUCACUCAGGGCGGACCGCGAGAAGGGCUGGAGAUGUACCGCAAGGUGCCGAACCUUCGCGUGCUGGCGUGUGGUGGCGACGGCACGGUCGGCUGGGUGCUCUCCGUGCUGGACCAGAUGAACUUCAGCCCGCCGCCCGCUAUCGCGGUCCUGCCGCUCGGCACAGGCAACGACUUGGCGCGCGCGCUCGGCUGGGGCGGGGGCUACACGGACGAGCCCAUCUCCAAGAUACUGUGCAACAUUAGCGACGGCGAGUCGCAGGAGCUGGACCGGUGGGAGGCAGCCGUGCAGAAGAACGAGCGCGCUGAGCCCAGCGAGGAGGGCAAGGACAACCUGCCGCUCAAUGUCAUCAACAACUACUUCUCGCUCGGCGUGGACGCCCAUAUUGCGCUCGAGUUCCACGAGGCCAGAGAGGCUCGACCCGACAAGUUCAGCUCCCGGCUCCGGAACAAGAUGUUCUACGGCCAGGCGGGCGGCAAGGACCUGCUGCAGCGCCGGUGGAAGGACCUCUCGGAGCACGUAACCAUCGUCUGCGACGACCACGACAUCACGCCGAAGCUUCGCGAGCACAAGGUGCACGCCAUACUCUUCCUCAACAUCCCCAGCUACGGCGGCGGCACGCACCCGGCCGGCCGGGACCAGUCGACUUCCGACGGUCAGAUGGAGGUGAUCGGCCUCACCACCUACCAGCUGGUCAGUGGCUCGCACGCAGGUCAUUGCGUGUCCGACACCCAUGGAUCGACACAUUUAAUACCCUCGAACGUGUUCCCUCCAUUUCCCGUUGCUGAAAAGGAGAUGGCCGUCGUUUGCAGUCCGCAGAGUCCACGCGGCCCUGUUGGUGUAAAACUUCAUUAUGCGUGUCUGUAGAGUUGUUCCCGUAUCUGGGACGGUACCGUCACAUUGGGACAGGGACGUGCCAUCAGUGGUGGCAGUGAACGGCACCGACCCCAAACCUGCCUCAUCCGGGUAAUUUCGCAUGGCUGUGCCGUUCGCUGACGCCUAUUAGAUUGAAGGCGUGUCGGUUGGGCGCGCCCCAGGCCGGUUGACCUUGAUCAUGGUCAGCCUCCGCGGUCUCGCGGCCACCGUGGGUUGGCGACCUCCCAGUGCCGCCUAGCACGGCCAACUUACAGCGAUUGGCUUGCUCUAUAGGGUGGCCUGUAAGCAAAGUGUUGGAAAAGUAUUGCGAAAAGUAUUGUACCACGUUUGCCCGGUACAAUUUUCGCGAUGCUUCGCUUAGAGAGUUGAUGAGAAUGCCCGGACGGCGUGGUUGGUCGUACCAAACAUCUCGAGACUGUUUUGUGAGACUCGCUUAUUGACUGGAGCACACGGGAUCCACAGUUGCUUGAAUGAUUGUAGAUAACCCAUGUGGGUAGCGAAUGGUGCAUUCCAUAUCCAGUUUGCUGGAAACGUAUCAGACUGAGUGUCAGCCAGUGGAGCAGCAGGCGUCAGCGGCUGCUGCCCACCACCCUCCGGCCAGAGACGGCACGAUCCGCCUCGUCCAGGCUGCGGCUCGGCCUGUCCGGCGCGCCG